GAGAGAUUACCCGUCUCUCAUCACCUGCCUCCUCCUCGCGCCGCGCGUUCCCCUCGUGGCUGUGCUUCCUGUACGAAGCUCCGCUGCAAGUUCUGCUUCCGUUGGCGCUCUCAGUCGUUUCCUUCUUAAAGUGAAACUGCAAAAGCUGACUUGAACCCUUUCUCUGAGAAGCCAGAAGUCACAGCGGAAGGGAUGACGUCGAAUAUAAUACUCUUCGAGGACAUUUUUGUUGUUGACGAGAUCAACCCAGAUGGUAAAAAAUUUUAUAAAGCUUGUCGGAUCGUAGCACGUAGCCAAAACUGUGACAUGUCCAUGCAACUCGAUAUCAACAACGAAAUAUAUCCCAUGAAUGUGAAUGACAAAUUUACGAUGGCAUUGGCAUCUACGCUGAAUUACGAUGGGACACCUGACACUGGCUAUUACAAUGCAGCGAAAAGGAAAAACCUUGCGGACAAAUAUGAAUAUGUCAUGCACGGGAAGCUAUACAAGCUAUCAGAGGAAGGUUCAGGAAGAUCGAUUACAGCGGAAUUAUAUGCUUCCUUUGGCGGGCUUCUGAUGUGUCUCAAAGGGGAUCCUUCUCAUGUAGCUCACUUUGAACUUGACCAGAGAGUGUUCCUUCUGAUAAGGAAGAUCAACAAGUGAUAGCAGUAUCCAUAUGAUGAAGCGACUUGUUAUCAGACGAACAUGCAUUUGUCUGAUAAUUAUGAUACUUGAGAGAUCGGCCAUGGGUAUUUAAGUAGAGUGGGCUACUUUGAAGUUUGGCGGUUUAUCUUUAUAACUCGAUUUCUUCUUCAGCUAAUGGUACUAGUGCCUUUUAUGUUUUCCCCCCUGUAAACAUUGAACCGAAGGGCGUCUUAACCUAUUAUAUUAAGCAAAUGGGUCUCACAUAUUCCGUCAAGGCUAUACAAGAACCAAUGUGAACUACGAUUCUGCAUAUCGAUGAUAUGAUAACCAAAUGGCGAGCCAUGUCCUUGAUGGGCAGGGUAGUUUGCUGUGGAGUUGUUGUCUCUGUAAACAUGGGUAAGAACUAAGAAGUACUUCCCAUUUGAAUAUGAGCGUGAUCUACCUGUUGGAAGAGAGAUUUCUGUCUAUUGAACUAGUUUCUUGAAUCCCAUCUUACAAACUAGU